AUUGCGCCUGCGCACAGGAACCGCGGACCGUGGCGCUGAGCGGGACGGCCGCUCCCCGCCCGGGGGUACAUCUCCAUGAAUAACCUAAAUGACCCCCCAAAUUGGAAUAUCCGACCUAAUUCCAGGGCUGACGGGGGCGAUGGAAGCAGAUGGAAUUAUGCCCUGUUGGUUCCAAUGCUGGGAUUGGCUGCUUUUCGUUGGAUUUGGUCCAGGGAGUCCCAGAAAGAAAUAGAAAAAGAGAGAGAAGCGUACCGUCAGAGAACAGCCGCUUUCCAGCGGGAUCUCGAAGCCAAGUACCACGCCGUGAUCUCAGAAAACCGGCGUGCCGUGGCUCGCUUGUCUUUGGAGCUCGAGAAGGAACAAAACAGAACGACUAGUUACCGAGAAGCCCUUAUCUCUCAGGGGCGCAAGUUGGUAGAAGAAAGGAAGCUUCUGGAACAGGAGCGGGCUCAGGUCAUGCAAGAAAAGAGACAGUCGCAGCCUCUGAGAAGUGCGUAUCUGAGCUUCCUGGAGAAGGAGGACGACUGGCAGAGGAGGGCCAGGCUUGUGCUGAAGGAGUUCGAGGACGCUCUGACGGAGAGACAGAGCAUCUACUGCAGCCUGGUCCUCCCCCGCGGCAGGCGGCUGGAGAUCGAGAAGAACUUACUGGUCCGAGCGUCCACGGACCCGGUCGCCGCGGAGCUGCAGGUGGCGGCCGGCCUGACCGACAUAUUCCAGCACGACACCCACUGCGGCGCCAUCUGGAACACCGGCCGGCGCCGGAACGGCAGACUCAUGUGGCUGUAUCUCAGGUACUGGGAGCUGAGCGCCGAGCUGAGGAAGCGUCAGCGGGUUGAGGCCGCCAUCCUGGGGGACUGGCCGGAGCCCCGCGCGCCGCCGGCGACGCCCUGAGGCCCCCGGAGCCGCCGCGCUGCUUCCUCCUGGCGCGGGCGCCUGCGGCCGCCUUGGCACGGGAACUGCGUCCCCUCCUGCCCUGUCUGCGCGGGGCGCCGGGUCUCCUCCUUGGCCCUCUUCAGCCACUGUGGAUUCAGGUUCCCGGAGGACUUUUUUGAAGCUGUGCCAUUGUAUGAGGCUGAGCAGUAUUGCACACCCUCCUGCCUUUGCUGUAGCUACGACUGUUGGAGAAAGUCAAACACAGUAUCCACCCUCCCUGUGAGCAGUUUCCGGUCUGUUUUUGUCACUCCCUAAAUAAAUUCUGUUUUCUCCUCCAGUGACUUCUCUCUCUCCUAGAACUAUAAAUAGGCGUCAGGUAGUGGCUGCAACUGCCUGAGGACGACAGAAAAUAGAAACGUUAUCAAGGUUUCCUGCGGGCGUGAGCAUCUCUCCCACCCGCGGCAGAGAAAGUGCUGCUUGUAGCCCGGCGGCACCUGGGACGUGUUUGGGACUUGGCUUGUGUCUGUAUUUAAUCAACAUAUGCUAUUUAUCAGCAAUGAUCUGUAAUAAAAAAUUCCUGAAUUUAAAAGCAA